AUCGACCGGCGUCCGCCCGCACCUCCGAACGGCUGACAACGACCAACUCGUUGCCAUGGGCAACGUGAGCCACCCUGUGGACUACGUGUCUGGCGUUCCGGCGGUGCGGGCCUUCUUUUACUGUGUGUACGGGCUCGUGUUCGCCGUGGGCGUCUCGGGGAACGCGCUCGUGUGCUUCGUGGUGGCCCGGCAACGGGCUAUGCACACGGUGACCAACCUGUUCAUCGCCAACCUGGCGCUCUCCGACAUCCUGCUCUGCGCCCUCGCUGUGCCGUUCACACCGCUGCACCAGUUCGUCGGUGCGUGGCCGCUGGGCGCCGCGCUCUGUCGCCUGGUGCCGUACGCGCAGGGCGUCAGCGUGUACGUGUCUUCGUUCACGCUCACGGCAAUUGCAGUGGACCGCUUCUUCGUCAUCAUGCACCCGUUCCGCGGCCGGCUGCGACUGCCUGUGUGCGGCGCACUCAUUGGUCUCGUGUGGCUCGCCGGCGCGCUGCUGACGCUACCAUACGGCCUCUUCAUCGGCCUGACUGCGGACGGCGGCGCCUUCUGCGAGGAGCGCUGGCCCUCGGAGCAUAGCCGGCGAGCUUUCAGCCUGUGCACGAGCGCGCUCCAGUUCGGCUUGCCGUUCGCCGUCAUCAGCUUUUGUUACAUGCGUGUCUGCUGCAAGCUUCGCGAGCGCGCGCGCGCCAAGCCCGGCGCCAAGUCGAUGCAAAAGGAGCAGCUGGAGCGACGGCGUACGCGCCGCACCAACCGCAUGCUCGUCUCCAUGGUGGCCAUAUUCGGCGCUUGCUGGCUGCCUCUCAACCUGUACAACCUGGCCAUCGAUUUUUCGGUGCGCGCAGCCAGCUGGCAGUUUGCGAACGCCUUUUUCUUCCUGGCGCAUGCGAUUGCCAUGAGCUCGACCUGCUACAACCCUUUCCUCUACACCUGGCUCAACGACAGCUUCCGCAAGGAGUUCAAGGCCGUACUGCCGUGCUUCGCGAGCCGUCGAGCUGAACCACCGGCCGUGCGCUACGUGUGCAGCGGCGACGCCGUCAAGCUCUAAAUAAAGCCAUGUUCUGGUCCCAAGGGAUA